AUGGUGGUGACCAAGGACGAGUACGAAAAAUGCCAUUCUGCGCAUCCCAUCUUCUUCUCCAACAAUGGUGCGACCGUGUUCACAUUGGACCGGCCUGGUUUGUUCUAUUUCAUUAGUGGGGUUUCCGGGCACUGCGAGAGAGGCCAGAAGAUGAUCAUCAAGGUCUUGGAACCAGCAAGCCCACCUCAAUCCGCUGACCAGAACGAGCAGAAGAAUGAUGCUGCAGUUGCAAUGGCCGCCAUCACUUCUGCAACUAUCAUGUCCUGCAUUAUGUCAUUUGUGGGGGUCCUUUUCUUCUAA